AGGGCGGCGGGCCGGGGAGGAGGAGACUCGGGAGGAGCAGAGCGCAGGCUCCGCCGCGGCCGGGGUGCUCCAGCCGAGCCCAACCGAGCGGGCGGACCGACGGGGAGAGAGAAGGCGCCAGAGCGCGCGCGCGGCCCCGAGCAGCAGCAUUGCCGCCAGUGGAGCAGCUGCCGACGCGCGGGGCCGCGGACCCAGCAUUCGCCAGCCGGGCCGGGCAUGAGCGCGGAGGGGCCGCGGCCGCCCCCUGCGCCGCCCGGCGCGCCGAGGCCGUGACCGGAGCGGGGGGCGCGGCCGCACUAGUACCCCGGAGCCCAUGGGCGCGCCGAGCCGGGCGCGGGGGCGCUGAACGGCGGAGCGGGAGCGGCCGGAGGAGCCAUGGACUGCAGCCUCGUGCGGACGCUCGUGCACAGAUACUGUGCAGGAGAAGAGAAUUGGGUGGACAGCAGGACCAUCUACGUGGGACACAGGGAGCCACCUCCGGGCACAGAGGCCUACAUCCCACAGAGAUACCCAGACAACAGGAUCGUCUCGUCCAAGUACACAUUUUGGAACUUUAUACCCAAGAAUUUAUUUGAACAAUUCAGAAGAGUAGCCAACUUUUAUUUCCUUAUCAUAUUUCUGGUGCAGUUGAUUAUUGAUACACCCACAAGUCCAGUGACAAGCGGACUUCCACUCUUCUUUGUCAUUACUGUGACGGCUAUCAAACAGGGUUAUGAAGACUGGCUUCGACAUAAAGCGGACAAUGCCAUGAACCAGUGUCCUGUUCAUUUCAUUCAGCACGGGAAGCUCGUUCGGAAGCAAAGUCGAAAGCUGCGAGUUGGGGACAUUGUCAUGGUCAAGGAAGACGAGACCUUUCCCUGCGACUUGAUCUUCCUUUCCAGCAACCGGGGAGAUGGGACGUGCCACGUCACCACCGCCAGCUUGGAUGGAGAAUCCAGCCAUAAAACGCAUUACGCAGUCCAGGACACCAAAGGCUUCCACACGGAGGAGGAUAUCGGCGGACUUCAUGCCACCAUCGAGUGUGAGCAGCCCCAGCCCGACCUCUACAAGUUUGUGGGUCGCAUCAACGUUUACAGUGACCUGAAUGACCCCGUGGUGAGGCCCUUAGGAUCGGAAAACUUGCUGCUUAGAGGAGCUACACUGAAGAACACUGAGAAAAUCUUUGGUGUGGCUAUUUACACGGGCAUGGAAACCAAGAUGGCAUUAAAUUAUCAAUCAAAAUCUCAGAAGCGAUCUGCCGUGGAAAAAUCAAUGAAUGCGUUCCUCGUUGUGUAUCUCUGCAUUCUGAUCAGCAAAGCCUUGAUAAACACUGCGCUGAAAUACGUGUGGCAGAGUGAGCCCUUUCGGGAUGAGCCGUGGUAUAAUCAGAAAACGGAGUCGGAAAGGCAGAGGAAUCUGUUCCUCAAGGCAUUCACGGACUUCCUGGCCUUCAUGGUCCUCUUUAACUACAUCAUCCCCGUGUCCAUGUACGUCACAGUCGAGAUGCAGAAGUUCCUCGGCUCUUACUUCAUCACCUGGGAUGAAGAUAUGUUUGACGAGGAGACUGGCGAGGGGCCUCUGGUGAACACGUCGGACCUCAAUGAAGAACUGGGACAGGUGGAGUACAUCUUCACAGACAAGACCGGCACCCUCACGGAAAACAACAUGGAGUUCAAGGAGUGCUGCAUCGAAGGCCACGUCUACGUGCCCCACGUCAUCUGCAACGGGCAGGUCCUCCCAGAGUCCUCAGGAAUCGACAUGAUUGACUCGUCCCCCAGCGUCAACGGGAGGGAGCGCGAGGAGCUGUUUUUCCGGGCCCUCUGUCUCUGCCACACCGUCCAGGUGAAAGACGAUGACAGCGUAGACGGCCCCAGGAAAUCGCCGGAUGGGGGGAAAUCCUGUGUGUACAUCUCAUCCUCGCCCGACGAGGUGGCGCUGGUCGAAGGUGUCCAGAGACUUGGCUUUACCUACCUGAGGCUGAAGGACAAUUACAUGGAGAUAUUAAACAGGGAGAACCACAUCGAAAGGUUUGAAUUGCUGGAAAUUUUGAGUUUUGACUCAGUUAGAAGGAGAAUGAGUGUAAUUGUAAAAUCUGCUACAGGAGAAAUUUAUCUGUUUUGCAAAGGAGCAGAUUCUUCAAUAUUCCCCCGAGUGAUAGAAGGCAAAGUUGACCAGAUCCGAGCCAGAGUGGAGCGUAACGCAGUGGAGGGGCUCCGAACUUUGUGUGUUGCUUAUAAAAGGCUGAUCCAAGAAGAAUAUGAAGGCAUUUGUAAACUGCUGCAGGCUGCCAAAGUGGCCCUUCAAGAUCGAGAGAAAAAGUUAGCAGAAGCCUAUGAGCAAAUAGAGAAAGAUCUUACUCUGCUUGGUGCUACGGCUGUUGAGGACCGGCUGCAGGAGAAAGCUGCGGACACCAUCGAGGCCCUGCAGAAGGCCGGGAUCAAGGUCUGGGUUCUCACGGGAGACAAGAUGGAGACGGCCGCGGCCACGUGCUACGCCUGCAAGCUAUUCCGCAGGAACACGCAGCUGCUGGAGCUGACCACCAAGAGGAUCGAGGAGCAGAGCCUGCACGACGUCCUGUUCGAGCUGAGCAAGACGGUCCUGCGCCACAGCGGGAGCCUGACCAGAGACAACUUCUCCGGACUUUCAACAGAUAUGCAGGACUACGGUUUAAUUAUCGACGGAGCUGCUCUGUCUCUGAUAAUGAAGCCUCGAGAAGACGGGAGUUCCGGCAACUACAGGGAGCUCUUCCUGGAAAUCUGCCGGAGCUGCAGCGCGGUGCUCUGCUGCCGCAUGGCGCCCUUGCAGAAGGCCCAGAUUGUUAAAUUAAUCAAACUUUCAAAGGAGCACCCAAUCACGUUAGCAAUUGGGGACGGUGCAAACGAUGUCAGCAUGAUUCUGGAAGCACACGUGGGCAUAGGUGUCAUCGGCAAGGAAGGCCGCCAGGCUGCCAGGAACAGCGACUAUGCAAUCCCAAAGUUUAAGCACUUGAAGAAGAUGCUGCUUGUUCACGGGCAUUUUUAUUACAUUAGGAUAUCUGAGCUCGUGCAGUACUUCUUUUAUAAGAAUGUCUGCUUCAUCUUCCCUCAGUUUUUAUACCAGUUCUUCUGUGGGUUUUCACAACAGACUCUGUACGACACCGCGUAUCUGACCCUCUACAACAUCAGCUUCACCUCCCUGCCAAUCCUCCUGUACAGCCUCAUGGAGCAGCAUGUUGGCAUCGACGUGCUCAAGAGAGACCCGACCCUGUACAGGGACGUCGCCAAGAAUGCCCUGCUGCGCUGGCGCGUGUUCAUCUACUGGACGCUCCUGGGACUGUUUGAUGCGCUGGUGUUCUUCUUUGGUGCUUAUUUCGUGUUUGAAAAUACAACUGUGACAAGCAAUGGGCAGAUAUUUGGAAACUGGACAUUUGGGACGCUGGUAUUCACUGUGAUGGUGUUCACAGUCACACUAAAGCUUGCAUUAGACACACACUACUGGACUUGGAUCAACCAUUUUGUCAUCUGGGGGUCGCUGCUGUUUUAUGUCGUCUUUUCGCUUCUCUGGGGAGGAGUGAUCUGGCCGUUCCUCAACUACCAGAGGAUGUACUACGUGUUCAUCCAGAUGCUGUCCAGCGGGCCCGCCUGGCUGGCCAUCGUGCUGCUGGUGACCAUCAGCCUCCUUCCCGAUGUCCUCAAGAAAGUCCUGUGCCGGCAGCUGUGGCCAACAGCAACAGAGAGAGUCCAGAAUGGGUGCACACAGCCUCGGGACUGCGACUCAGAAUUCACCCCUCUUGCCUCUCUGCAGAGCCCAGGCUACCAGAGCACCUGUCCCUCGGCCGCCUGGUACAGCUCCCGCUCUCAGCAGGUGACACUCGCGGCCUGGAAGGAGAAGGUGUCCACGGAGCCCCCACCCACCUUCGGCGGUUCCCAUCACCGCUGCAGUUCCAAACUGAGUCACAGCUGCCCUGGGUCCCGUGUGGGAAUGCUCGUGUGAUGGAUGGUCCUAAGCCUGUGGAGACUGUGCACCUGCCUCUUCCUGGCCCCCCAGCAGGCAAGGAGAGGGGUCACAGGCCUUGCCCUCGAGCGUGGCACGCUGGCCGCCUGGACCCAGCACUGUGGUUGUUGAGCCACACUGGUGGCCUCUGGGCAUUCGGCUCAACGCAGGAGGGACAUUCUGCUGGCCCACCCUGUGCACCGUCAGGCAGAGGCCGCUCCCCCAGGCCCGUGUCUUCGCCCACCUGCCGUCAUCGGCCUUUGCUGUCACUGGGAGAGAAGAGCCAUCCAGGGACCCAUGGCUGCUGUUUCCUGCUUGCGCGGCUGCCACCCAUGCCCUCCACAGGGCGAGGUAGAGCCGUGGCGGUGCAUCCUUUACUCAACAACCCUCCAAUCCUCAUGCUGUGGGAAGGGCCGGGUCACUCGGAUGCCAUCAUCCCCGCGGAUGCACGGCCGUACCCUGCUCAUCUGGGAGCGGUUUCCCUGCGGUUACGUCCGAGCCCGCCUGCCCUGUGUGUCGGGGCUGGCUGUUUCCGUCUCCCCAUCACCGGCCGCCCCGUGGAGAAGGCAGUGCCACGUGGGAGGACAAGGCCACGCCUGCAGCUUCCAGCCCUGCAGCAGAAGUGCCAGGAUGUCCAUCGGCCACUCGCAGGGCAUGGAGCCGUCAGUCCACUGUUAUGGGAGAAUGUUGAUUUCGUGGGUGUGAGGGCCGGGAGACAGAUAUUUGGCUGUGAUGAGCAGACAUCCCCUGUCCCCGUGGAGUGGUCAACACCAAGGUGGUGUUCGUGCACCAGAACCUGUCUUGGGCUGAUGGGGGCGGCCCACAGGACACGGGUGGAUCCCAACAGGCAGCACCGCACCUCCACCCGCCUCCCACGCUGCAGCUCCGCCCGUCAGGCUCUGCGUCCCCACGUUCCCUCAUCCCCACAUCCCCUCAUCCCCACAUCCCCUCAUCCCGUCACCACAUCCCUUCAUCCCGUCACGUCGUCCCCACAUCCCUUCAUCACCUCUUCCCCAUGUCCACUCGUCCCCACGUCCCCUCAUCCCCAGGUCCCCUCGUCUCCACGUCCCCUUGUCACCUCAUCCCCACGUCCCCACGCAGGGCUCUCCUUCGUCUUAGGAUCUGUCCAGCGCUGCUCUGGGUGGGUUAGCAACCCGAGGGCUGCUGUGAUAGGAAGUCCCUGUUGCUCUCUGUACUGGCAUUUCUAUUUCUAGAAAUAAUCUUUGACGUAGCCUUAAUGGUCCUUAAAGAAGACAUUUCAGUGUGAGAUUCAGACUUCAGACGCUGAAACUGCUGCCUUUCAGGAAAGCACCACCAACGCUGGAGGAGGAGCCGGUCCUCACGCCCGCCCGGCGCCACGCUGCGAAAUGGGGCUCCAGCAAGUGAAACCCAGAGGGUGUUUCCGAGGUGCUCGACAGUAGGUAUUUUUGGAAGCUCAAAUUUAACCAUUUGAUUGUAUAAUCUUUUACCUAUAAAAUAUUUAUUCGAACCAGAGGAUAAAUCAGUGGUAAGAACAGUGAACACAGUGGUUGGGAUAAAAUAAGGUGACAAAUAAACACCACACCAAAGAUGAGGGUAGUGAGCAACUGGCUUGAGCAGACAGAAGGGGGAAGACUCUGCUCUGUCCCGAGGGGCAAGCUGCAGGUGUCCCCCGGGCCACCCUGCCCUGAGGUCCUUGUGUGGCCGCCCUGGCUUGGCAGCCCUGCCCACGCUACCCCCGCAGACAAUGGCGUGUGCAUUUUUACAGCCCUUUUUAAGAACCCAAUAUGGGCAUAAAUGUAAUACCUGUAGCGGGGGCAGAUUCUCUGUAUGUUCAGUUAACAAAUUAUUUGUAAUGUAUUUUUUUAGAAAUCUUAAAAUUGCCUUUGCACUGAAGUAUUUUCAUAGCUGUUUAUAUCUCUUUUAUUCAUUUAUUUAACAUAUUGUCUAAUUUUAAAAAUAGGUUUUUAAAGCUUUCAUUUUUAAGUUUAUGAAAUUUUGGCCACUUUACAUUUAGAUUCUGGUGAGAGUUUUGACUGAAUGUUCCAAUCUCUGAUGAAUGUGAAUUUUCAGAUUUGAUUUUAUUCUCUACACACACCUCUUCCUUUCUUGGUAUUUCUGGUGGCAGUGAUUAGUUGAACAUCAUAUUUAAGGCACGAUAAUUUGCUACACUUUUUCUUUACAAUUUGUUGCAAUUUUAUCUGCUUUCUAUGUUUCAUUGUUAAUUGCCAUCCUUCAGCCUUAAAAAUAGAAGAUUCUCACGUGAAGGUUUAGUAAGUUGGGUCCCAGCUCUGCCUGUGUGGAGAUAGUCACCAUGUACCUCUGACAACAAGUCUUAGUGUGAAAGUCACUAAACUUUUACACACUCCCAAACGUCUUUUUAAAAAUUGCUUGGGAAAUUAUUAAAUGAAUGUGCCUGAUCAUUUGAAAUAGACAAGGGGCACGAGAUAGAAAAGGAUGAGAAGAUCCUCAGUGAAUGACGUGGCAGGGUCUUCAUGCAAUUUUCCACCUCACAGUAGUUAGUAUUUACUUGCCUUAAACUAACUUUGAAGCAAGUAAUGUCAACUUUGAGCACUUUGUUGAGUUUUGAAAAAUCUUAUUUGCUGCUGCACAGGUUAAUAAAUUAUCAAUUUGUAAUUCAGCAUGUUGGUCAGAGACACGGUCACUGAUUCACACCCAAUCCCUGCCACUGACCGUCUCAAACACGCACAGCGGGCCUGCUGCAUGAUUCACACCCAGUCCCUGCCACAGACCAUCUCAGACACGCACAGUGGGCCUGCUGCAUGAUUCACACCCAAUCCCUGCCACAGACCGUCUCAAACACGCACAGCGGGCCUGCUGUAUGAUUCACACCCAAUCCCUGCCACAGACCGUCUCAGACACGCACAGCGGGCCUGCUGCAUGUGUGUUCCCUGGCUUUUAGCGCCACACUCACUCAUAGCCAUGUCCACAUGGGGGCUUGCACACAGGAACACACACAUACAUAUGUACAUGUACACACCACAAACAUGCAAGCUCCUGCACACAUGCAUGCAUACAAACGUGUACACAAGUGUGAGCUACACACAUACACACAUGCACACACGUGUACAUCAAAGCAUGUGUGACCUACAGACAUGCAGUACAUGCACAUGUGUACACAUACCACAGACGCGUGUGCACGGUCCCACACACAGUGCAUAUGCACAUACCGUGAACAGUGUAAGUUCCUACACGGACGUGUGAUACACACGUGCAUGUACAGGUAAGCACACAUGUGCAAGCUCCUAGAGGCUUGCUCUCACGUGUGUGCACACCAGAAAGACAUAUGAGCUUCUCCUGCACACAUGCAUACACAUGCACACAUACAUUCAGUACAAACACGUGCAGGCUCCUGCACACAUGCACAUUCAUGUGUACACACACCACAAAUAAGUUCCCAGACAUGUGAACACACGUGCACACACCACACGUGAGCUCCCACACGUACACACAGAUGCACAUGUACACACCCCAAACACGCACAGGUUCCUACACACAUGCACACACGUGUGUACACCACGAACAUGAGUUCCCAGACAUGUAAACUCGUGUGCACACCAUACACACAUGUGCUCCCACACAUUUACACAUGCACAUGUACACACCACAGACACAUGCGCAGGCUUCUGCACACAUGAAUACAUACACAUACACACACACGUGCCACAAACAAGUGCACACUGUCCUGGCGUCCUGCACUGCAUCCUGCCUCCUUCCUGAGGGCCCCUGUGAGGGGCCUCUGGACGGGCGUGGGAAGAUGGGGCUGCCUGGCCCCUAGCCCAUGCCUCCCUGGGAUGAAGAGUCCCCCUCCUGGCAGAAUGUCUGGGCUUUGCAGAGCAGGCCCCAGGGGUGAAGUCGCAGCUCCACUUACACCAGCUGCUCUGUGAGCAACGCUUGGUGCCCUGGACAAGGCCCUUUCCCCUUUAGGGAGGUCCAGCCUCGCAAGCUGAAACCUCCCCUCGGCUCAGCCCUAUACCAGGCAGCCACAACAGGACUGGCCACACCCACGCCGCACCUCAUCCCUGCACGCGUCAGGGAGCACGGCCAGCCUUCUGCCACGAGCCAGCUGGGAAGGGCUGCGGCCUCCUAAAGCCCCAAUCAACCCAGCCUGUGUCUGAGCGGACAGGGUGAACACGCAGGCCACACCGUCUCGAGGGAGGAGGCCAGAUGCGGCCAGCUUCUCUGACAGGGUGACCAUCCGCUCGGCUUGCUGAGGGUUUAAACAGAUGUUUAGACAGGCUGUGGUGACUCCUCUGAGUUGAGCCUUGGCCAGGGGUCUGGUGCCGUAGCAGGAAACCUCCAGCCUCGUCCUUCAAACCACUCAGCUCAUAUGUUUUGCACUGACUAGUAUUGAAUAAUGCAACCACUUUUAUUUAAUGUUAAUAUUAUUUAUUUGACAACUCAGUGUCUAACAGCUCGAUAUGCAGGUCCUUGCAUCCUACAUUUCUUUAGGAAGUUACCCAUUUGUAACUUUAAAAACAGGAAAAAUACCAGUUGGCAAAUGCAAUCUUUUUUUUUUUUUAAGCUAAAGGUGGGUGAACUGGAAUGAAAAUCUUUCUGAUAUUGUGUCUCUAAGCAGCCUUGAUGGGAUGUGUUAGAAGUGUCAUGAAAGUGUGAUUCUACUUUUGCAGAAAAAAUCUAAAGAUCAAUUUAUAUAGCUUUAUUUUUUACUUUAUCAAAGUAUACAGAAUUUUAAUAUGCAUAUAUUGUGUCUGACUUAAAAUUAUAAUGUCUGCGUUACCAUUUAAAAUGUCUAUUCAUUAUGUAAUGUAAUAAAAGAAGGUCUUCAAAAAUCUAUUUAACAUGAAUGGUAUCCAUAGUUGUCAUCAUCAUAAAUACUGGAGUUUAUUUUUAAAUUAUUAAACAUAGUAGGUGCAUUAACAUAAAUCAGUCUCCACACAGUAACAUUUAACUGAAUUCAUUUAAUCUGCUUUGAAAAAUUAAAUUGUGAAUUAAACCAAAUCUAAAAUUUCUGUAAAGUUUAUUUUGUAUGCUCCUGUUUUUAACUUUUAUUUCUGUAGAUAAACUGACUUGAUAAUAUUAUAUUGGACUUUUCUCUAGAUUAUCUAAGCAGGAGACCCGAAUCUGCUUGCAAUAAAGAAUAAAAAUCUGCUUCAGUUCUUUAUAAA